UUGUUGUUAGCAUUGGUGUGCAAGUCGCGGAACAGUUAAUGAGUGAAAACAUGAUAAUGUAUGUUCUUCCCUGUAUCAUGAGGAUGGGUGGCAUCUCUGUAUCACCGAACCCUAAAUGGGACAUCUGGUACAUGAAGUUUUCUUUAUUAACGUGGUGUGGUCUAUAUGGUAUUCAUGGUUCAGGUCUUCCUUACUUUACUAUAAAACUUCGGAGGAGGAAAACUUUGCUUGUCAAAUCAUACCGUAUGAUGGUGGGUCUUUUUGUGUUAAGCGUCAUCUUUAUAAUAUCACCAGAUAAUACUGAAGGAGUGAGUAAAUUGGAGACUGUCACCCAUUUUGGUGAUAGAGCAUGUUCGAGUUAUAUUUCAGCUCCAGAUGCAGAUACAUGGAACUGUGCGACAUGCCUUCGAGCAGGAUGUGGGUUUUGCGCUGGUAUUGAUGACAAACUCAUGCGUGCACCUGGCGGUGCCUGCUUGACGAUAGAACCUAAUGGGACGUCAGCAUCCUGUUUGGCUGAACAUCGGAUUUGGUUCACACAAGAUUCCGUCACAAGGCAAUGCGGAAUAAGUCUUCCUGGAGCAGCAUCUAUUGAAUUUUUACUAGUCUGUGUUGUUCCCUAUACAUUUGCGUUGGAAUCACAUAUGUGUUCAAGGAUGUACAAGGCAGAAGUUAGAGGCAAACUUGUCGGGACGGUUGCAGCGACUAACUGGAUCUUCUUCCUUGCGGUCAUUGUAUCAUCUUAUAUAAUAAAUAAAGUUGUAGGGUUUCCCUUCUCAAUGCUACUCAUCAGUUUGAUUUCUUUCUCUGUUACUCGGUUGAUCAAAUGGUCUUAUUUGUCGGUACCUGAGAUGAAAGGUUCCUUCCAGUCGGAAGAUAGUCAGUCAAAAGUCAGUUGAAGAGAUACUCUUGGUACAAAUAUUGUCACCUUUUAUGUUUCCUUAGGUUUAAUAACUAGCUAGAAGAUUUAAGUUAGGGUAGUUUGUCUUUCCGUCGUUUAUGUUUCCUUCCUUGGGUUUUCCUUCCAAGACUCACUGUUCUAGCAUUGCCGGUGUCAUGCGACCAAAUUGUGUUGUGUUAUUUGACACUUCUUUUAUUUGUAUCAAAUACCGUAUGUAUCAAUGUCAGCCAAAAAAA